GACGUGCAGCGCCAUAUUUAAUACAUCAGACGCGCUAACGUUAGCUGUUUACAAGCCCCCAAACUUUCAAGCUGAACCCUAAACCCACAAAUUACUCCAACAUGAAUGUAAUAGAUCAUGUGCGGGACAUGGCGGCCGCCGGCCUUCACUCUAACGUCCGGAUAUUGAGCAGUUUGUUGCUGACGAUGAGUAAUAACAAUCCAGAGCUGUUCUCGCCGGCCCAGAAGUACCAGCUGUUGGUUUACCAUGCUGACGCCAUCUUCCAUGAUAAAGAAUACCGUAAUGCUGCCUGCAAAUACAGUAUGGCAUUGCAACAAAAGAAGGUGCUCAGCAAAACGUCUAAAGUCCGUACGUCUGCUGGCGGAGCUGCAUCGAACAUACAGGCACAGAGCCUGCCAUCAGAGAUUGAGGUCAAAUACAAGAUAGCUGAAUGCUACACCAUUUUGAAACUGGACAAAGAUGCCAUAGCAGUGCUUGAUGGGAUUCCAUCCAGACAAAGGACUCCAAAGAUCAACAUGAUGUUAGCUAACCUGUACAGAAAAGCCGGUCAAGAACGUUCUGCAGUGACGAGCUACAAAGAGGUGCUCAGACAGUGUCCCCUCGCCCUGGAUGCAAUCAUUGGAGCUCUUCAUGGACGUCUUCCUCCAGGUCUUCUGUCAUUAUCAGUCAAAGGGGCUGAAGUGGCGUCCAUGACCAUGGAUGUGAUCCAGAGUAUCCCCAACCUGGACUGGCUCUCUGUCUGGGUCAAAGCGUACGCCUUCAUUCAUGCAGGGGACAACCAGAGAGCCAUCAACACCAUCUGCUCUCUUGAGAAGAAGUCUCUGUUGCGGGAUAACGUGGACCUCCUGGUGAGCCUGGCUGACGUCUACUUCAGGGCUGGUGACACCAAGAACGCCAUCCUUAAGUUUGAACAGGCCCAGAUGCUCGAUCCGUACCUCAUCAAAGGAAUGGAUGUCUAUGGCUACCUGAUGGCCCGUGAAGGACACUUGGAGGAUGUGGAAGUCCUUGGUGGUCGAUUGUUUAAUAUUUCAGACCAGCAUGCAGAACCCUGGGUGAUCUCUGGUUGUCACAGCUUUUACAGCAAGCGCUACUCCCGAGCCCUCUACCUGGGAGCCAAGGCCAUCCAGCUGAACAGCAACAGCGUGCAGGCCCUCCUCCUUAAGGGGGCAGCACUGAGAAACAUGGGGCGCGUUCAAGAGGCCAUCAUCCACUUCAGAGAGGCUAUGCGCCUGGCCCCCUGCCGACUCGACUGCUAUGAAGGACUCAUCGACUGUUACCUGGCAUCCAAUGGGAUUCGAGAAGCCAUGGGGAUGGCCAAUAACAUUUAUAAAACCCUGGGGGCCAACGCACAGACUCUGACCAUCCUCGCCACGGUGUGCCUGGAAGACCCCGUGACUCAGGAGAAAGCCAAAACCCUGCUGGACAAAGCCCUUGCCCAGAGACCGGACUACACCAAAGCCGUGGUCAAAAAGGCUGAACUGCUCAGUCGGGAGCAGAAAUAUGAAGAAGGGAUCGCUCUCCUCCGGAACGCCCUGGCCAAUCAGAGUGACUGUGUCCUGCACAGGAUGCUGGGAGAUUUCUUGGUGGCCGUCAAUGAUUACCAAGAAGCCAUGGAUCAGUACAGUAUAGCGCUAAGCCUGGAUCCAAAUGACCAGAAGUCUUUAGAAGGCAUGCAGAAGAUGGAGAAGGAAGAAAGUCCCACGGAUGCCACCGUGGAGCUGGACGGUGAUGACAUGGAGGGCAGUGGAGAGGACGGAGACUUGGAGGGCAGCGACAGUGAAGCGGCGCAGUGGGCCGAUCAGGAACAGUGGUUUGGCAUGCAGUGACCUCAGCCUCCGAGGGACGCUCGCUCUGAUCCCUCUCCUGACACACUGCGGCCUGUGUAAAGAUUUCAGCCUUAAUGGUUUAAAAAAAAAAAAAAAAAAAAAAAAGCAGGACUAAGAUGUUUUCCAAACAUCCUGACAUCAUAAAUCAAAACACUUCACUGCGGCGCUAAUCAAGGCCAGUGCGCUCAUCUCUGUCUCUACAGUCGCUCAGAAGUCUCCGGGGGAUCAGCGGACACAGAACCCGGAGAGAAGUCGUCCACGACUGCUCAGUGUUUGAAAAAAAAACUGUCACUAAAGGAACUUUGACUAUUACUUCUCCCGCUUCUUUUCUUAAAGUGGCUUCAUGAAUCCAUUUUAUUUUAUGCCUUUAUUUUAUAGACAGGACAGAGUCAGAGAGAGAGCGGGAGAAAGUUCCUGGUAGUGAAAUUAUUAACACGCUUAACUCCUAACAUUUUGAGUAUCUGAAGAACGACUCGGAUGCUUCUUAGGGUGAGGUGUGCAGUCAGCACUGUAUCACAAUCAGUAGACGGCGUGGAUGACAGGAGGGCGGGGCCACUUUUUAAACAAGUGUUUUGUUUGAGCCCGACUGACUCGCAUAUUAGCCGACAGGUGGUCUGUAAAAAAGUGAAUAUGUACCGUACCAGUGUGCUCUGACGUGUCAUGUUGUUUUCCAUUCAGUCGUGAUGAACAUGCUUCUUCUUAUUUCCCCGUUUGUCUGCCUUACUGCGUGAAAGAAUGACCAUAUAACGGCCUCCUGUUCGUGGAAAGUGUUCACCAUUUCAACACCGCUGUUUAUAGUCUUUUGUACAUAUUUUUAAAGUGUAUAAUAAAAUAAUCAAACAGUCACUUCAA